CUAUGGAUGACGCGGUGAAAUAGUUAUCAAGACUUGAGCGUGUUGUGCAUCUCACUCACUCUUCAACUCGACUUGCAACAAGCAACUCAAAGCAGCAACGAUGGCGUCUUUGUCCACGACUUCGCUGGCAAUUCUUCUUGCCAUCAGCGCCACCUCGACAGGUGCCGACAAUCUCCGCUUCGAAUCGCGCAACCUGCAGGCAAAAUAUACGUCGACAGGCCAAUACGCCGCUAGUAUGCUGGCUAGCGUGAAUGCGCAACGUGCUGCUCAGGGACUCCCUGCUCUCUGUUUGAACACUAAACUGAUGGCGGCGUCAAUGCGUCACUCGACCGACAUGGCCUCCAAGAACUUCAUGAGUCACACGGGCUCGGACGGGUCGACGAUGUCGAUGCGAGUCACCGCUGCCGGCUACAAAUGGACCAGAGUGGCUGAGAACGUUGCUGCCGGGCAAUCGAGUGUGGCUACCGUCAUGACUGCGUGGAUGAACUCGGCCGGUCACCGAGCCAACAUUUUGGGCGACUACACCAUGUUCGGCACUGCGUACGCCUACAACAGUGGCAGCACGUACAAACACUAUUGGACACAAAACUUUGGCAAGGGCAGCACCGAGUCGUGCAACUACGAAGAUGUCGAGUACGAGGAUGCCCCGACUCCAACUCAGAACACGAUGACCGAUUCCACGGACAAUUCGACGGUGGUGCUCCCCAACGAGCCUGCCCCCCAAGAGAGCAAGUCUGCUAGCGAGAGGGCUCCCGAUUAUGGCAUGCGACACCAGGACGACGUACGGGAGCUCUUCCUUUACGAGAACGCACUAUGGUCGGAAUGA